AUGGAGACACGGUCCGAAUUUGAAGGUUGCCUCUCUGUUCGAGAUGGUCAGCUCAGUAUCUGCAUGCAAUCCAGACAGAUGGACGACAACAAGAUCCACAAGUGGUGUGCAUGGAUGGAGGAAAGUCUGCCAGAUUUCAUCGAAACGAACCGACUGCCUCGGACGAAUGGCUUCCUCCUAUGUAGAGAAGUGAACUUUGCCAACAACAGCUUGGGCGAUCGUGGCGGUCUUGCACUCCUGCGGGUUCUGUACAACAAUCAGCUGGCAGUUCGGAUCAUUAAACUCUUCAAGAACCAGCUUGGCCGAGCCUUCGCGAGCUCCAUGAUGGACUGGCUCAGGAACACGCCUGUGCCUGCCCAGGAGCUCCACUUGUCUCACAAUUUCAUCCCGCGGGAAGGGGCCGUGGACAUCCUCAAAGCUGUGGCGCACAAUGAAGUGUACCCAGCUGUGCUGAAGGGUGGCUCACGGCAACCUCUUUGGCUCCGCCUCGAGCAGAACAUGGUCGAGAAGCCAGACGAGCUUCUCAAAGUCGCAGAAGAGCAUCUGGCGAAAAUCGCGAAGCACAGACUCGGAGGUGACAUGCUGAGCAUCUGCAGUGUACCGAAGGCCAUGAAAGAAGGUGAGCCGUGCCCUCUGGCGCAGGUGGCCUACUUGAUCAACCAGCGAGACCAUCGAACUCGAGUGCCUCACGAGGCCCAGCAGUGGAAAGCCGGGCCUUCAGAGCCCAGUCGGUGGCGCGUCUCCAUAAGUGCGGAGGUGGCGAAGGCACCGACCCCUUUCUUGCCGCAAAGGGCAUCGAGCAAUUCCGAGCAGCCAAGACCGACAGAGGUGGGUGGCGAGAGAGAACAGGACAAGGCGCCAGUGCAAAAUGCGACGGGCCCGGUCUGGAAUGGCUUGCCUGCGACUGAACAGCUGCAGGCGGCCUCGAUAGCCCGAGCCUCCCAGUCGGUGCCAGCGCCUUCCAGUCCGCCGGCAGCCAACCAGCAGGCGACCCCGUGGAUACUUGCGCGAGGGGAGCGGCUGAUUCCCGGUUUGAAGGCCCCACCGAAGGGACCGCCUCCUGCACCGCCUCAAGCAUCGCAGGAUGACCCUGAUGAAGCCACACCGGUUCACGCGCCACCAGAGAAGAGCGCCUCGCGAUCUCGCUGGUCGGCUGAAAGAAGAGCCGAGGUGCCCAUGAAAGCGCCACCAAAGCGCGAGCCGCCGCCGCCGGCGUCAGAGGUCGGCGUGCCCAGGGCGACGGAGCCGAAAUCGUCUCCGGUUCCUGCGGUGGCAAAGGCCCCACCGGCUGUGCUGCCGAGGUUUGCAGGCUUUCCGCCACCGCCAGCAGAAAUCUGUCCUCCUGCGCCGGUCCAUCAAAGAGAGGUGGACCCAUUGGAGGACCGAUCGGCUGCUGCGUUUGCACCUCCCGGGCUGGAGCGAUUAGAGGAUUGGCACGGGCUAUCACCCGACCCGAAAGUCCACCAGUGCGAUGUGCCGGAUGAGCUGUCGGACACCGACUUCUGCGACGUUCCGCCCGGUAGGCGGGAGCUGUCUGAGGACCCGCACGACAGUGAAGAGGAACUCCAAUCCUUCAACCGCCUCAUGGGCGAGGAGCAGGACUGUCCUCUAGCUGCCAGUCCCUACAAUGGCUUGGUGAAGGAGCCCCACCCCCGGGUCGUUCUCCCUCCGGCUUUCCUGGAGCAUGCGUGGAUCCGCCAUCUGCCGACCAUCAAGGAGUACUUCAUGAAGUUGGGUGAGACAGAGUUCAUGUCGAGGUUAGAGGCGCCUUCUGGAUGA